GCAUCCAGUAUCAUUCGAAUAUUUCUACCGAUCGGACGUACAAAUCGCUGGCACUGAAACUACGGACGUGUGUUUUGGGCUGUGUGUACGUUAACGGACUGUGUUUUACUCCAAUGUAAUUUAUUCUCCUCGAACCGAGACGACAGACGGUACGCGAAAGGACAGUUUUUAUUCUUUGUUGAGACCCAUUCGGGGUAUUCUUUGGGGCGACAGUGCUUUCUUGUGUUGGACCCCUAGAAGGGAACCCCCGUCCCCUCUCUACGAAGACGGGCUCCGUACGUUUUCGGUGCUUUUUCUAUGCGUUCACUUCGAAUGGACUCUCGUCUGCAGCAACGUCGUGAUCUUCGUCGUCUGUGGCGCAAAACAUAAACAUCAUACUUAGUGCUGCUUAUGAGAACUAGACUGUGACUGAGCGGGAUACUCCAGUGCACAUCAACCGUUCUCAAAAAGCGCUGAUUUGUUGGAACUUUCUUUUCGAUCACAAAAAGAAACCAUUCCCAAGCAAAUCACGCGCCCGAAAAUCGCUAUCAACCAGGACUUGUGACAGCAGAACUCGGACGGACAAGAACUUGUCAAUUGACUUUGCUUCGUUGGCAACAGUGACGAUGUACAAGUGCUAGAGACGAUCCAACCCGCGCGGAAUCAACGGGACAUUACGACAGCUAUCUACCAGUGAGUGAGUGGCUUCAAACACUUACAUAUUCGUUAAAAAGAAACAAGGUGCGUGCGCACGAGAAUUCUCGAAAUUUUACACGCUUCAAAGACCGCGCCGCAGCCAGGUUAGUGCACGCUCCGCUGCACAUGUCUUUGGCCAGCCAACGAGGCCCCGGUGCCCAGUAGUGGUUUCUUCGAUCUGACCAAGUGAGCAUUGAAGUCACUAUCUGUAGUUGCGAGGCGGCGAUCGAGCGAUCGUACAAGGAUUUGCGAAACUUUCGUUUUGGACGCCUCCUGCGCGUGUGGCAAGCCUCAGUUCUGGCGCCAUCUGAAUAUCAAAGUGCUAAUGAUUGGUGUGGUUGGUGUUCUAGGAGGUGGUUUUUAGUCAGUCAGUCAUCGAAAGAAAUAAAUCAAACAGAAGUUAAUCGCUUGUAAAAGAAGGAGCGAAAAAGUGAAAAUUGAUUUUCCACCGUGGAUUGCCGAUUGAUUGCAUGAGUUAAGGUGAUUGUGUGGAAUCAGUGAGCUUGUGUACUAUGAAAGCGCCCGAGUAACGAAAAGUGUUUUGGGCUAUAGAAGCAUAAGAGCAGUUAUACAUAUUGAAUAUCCAAUCAAUUUUUAAACAGCCCGCAAAGUCGAGCGGAGUGAUACAAAUUUAUCGCUAAUUGAUAAUUUUCCUCGGGUGCACUAGUGCGCUUUACUGUGCGCCAUUCAUUCGUCCGGUGGCGUUUUCCCCGAUUGGCGUGAUAUUUUUGUUGUGAGCAGAAAAAAGGGAAAAUUUUUCGUUGAUUUUUGCUUCUUCUCGCCCGCCAGUGGGAAAAAGGCGCAAUUAGACUCGCGAGCACCCCGUGGCCAAAUUCAACCGAAACACUGUCGGAAGACCCAAGAAGAGCAGUGGAGGCAAACUGAAGAGUGUAGUGCAAUCAAUAAAAAAACCGUAACCGCACAGAGGCAUCGGAAAGUGAAACAGCCAAAUAGCCAAACAGAAGAAUACAAAUUCGCGUUCAGCUAAGUUUUACAUGCACAUUGUGUGAAGCGGCUGUCAGUUUUUUUUUUGUAUGAAUUAGUGGAAGUGGAAGAGUAUUGCGUUUUUGUUUCGUUCGUUUCAUCAUCAUUAUCGUGCUAUUAUCAGUGCUGUGCACCGCUUUAUCAAUGGCGAAGAAAAAUUACAUUUGAAGAAAAACUUUCGGAUUUACAUACACUCGCACCAGGGCAGACACGAAACAGGCAGUUGGAAAAUUGCGUGCGAUGCCAUACAAAAGUACAGCUGAAGCUUAGAGAAGCCCGAGAUCGAGAGAGCAAGACUCCACCGAUGAGGACGUGAACUUUGUGUGAACUCAAUGCAAAUGAUUGGAGCUUUACCCCUGAACGCUUAAUUCCCCGACCUAAACCUUACCUGAAUCUAAACCAAAACCACAUCGGCUACGAAUUUCGGUAACAUUCCACCCGGGGAACGAACCAGCAACGCGAAAAAUCAAACAUCUGUAUCUAAGCUUGCAAACUUUCCUGCAAUAAUCUACCUGCCCAACGACUAAUCUGAACGCUCCCAAGCAGAGCAAGAACCGAAACUGCAGUUGCGUUUACAGUAGUGCAGUGGCGGACGCAGUGGAAACAACAAGCAGCCAGGCCAACCACCGCAGCUGCAAUCGAGUUCAAGGCCUGCCUUCGACCAAUCAAUCGACACUUUGCUGUUGGCGCCCAACGAGGGCCCAUCAACGGAGCUGAAGAGUUAUUUGCAACACUGAGCGGGAGGGCGCCGGUUCGUGUCUGCUGCAGCGUGAUUGAUAUGAAUCGCGCGUAAUUUAAUCUAGAGCUGUUUUCGAAAAAAGCCCCCCUCGCGGUAUUGUGUGUGCUGGGGCGUGCGUGCGUGUGUGUAUGUAUGUAUGUGCAAAACUUGGGCAACAUCGCUGGGCUUAUGGUAGUUGGCGCUCGAGUUACGUAAAACAACCAGUGGCAGUGAGUUGUGAGAAAAAAAUAGAAGUUGGAAACUGCUAAUUUCCGUUAGGUAAUCUUCCAUUUCCAAAAGCACGGACGGGAAGGCAAAAAUGUGAGAGCCUUACCCGAGAGAGCACCCAGCCAGAUUUGCACUGAUAUUAUUUGUGUUUAAGUUAUGUGAUUCAAUUAGUGUACUCCUUUUGGGGCUUUAAGCAUGAAAUAUCAAGGACCAUGUGAUUUCCAUACCAAGUGAAGAAGCAUCGAACGAGCAUCUGAAAAAAAAGUUAAUUUCCGCCUUUUAAACGGAAAUUUCAACCGUAACAUGGCUUCAAGUGACAAAUCAACGUCGGCGAGCGAAUCUUCGUCCGGAGAUCAGCAGCAGCCGGAAACGACCGCCGGAGCAGAUGUAGGCAAGGAUGAGGUGGACUUUGUGAUAAAGGUGCCCACUUCUGCGAACAGUGAAGCAUGUCUAACCUGCAGUAAAAAUCAGAAAACCGGUGGGACCUUGAACAACAACUGCUCCCACGGCAAGACCCUGGACAAGUUCAACAUAUUCCAUCUGAAACGUCGACCGAAAAGUGACCCUGGAACGGGAACUAUCGCCAAGCAUGCUCAACAACGGAGCGAAGAAACCAACGAUCCCAACACGAAAAAGAAGAAAUCGCGUUUCGUGAAAAGUGCGUCGAUUGCGCGGAUUUUCGGCAAUAACUACAAUACCAAAAAGUACGAACAGGACAGUGGUGCGUUGCUCAAGCUGCAGCAGUUGAAGCGUAGUUUCCUGAACAGCGAAAGGUUCCACAAGAAGGAUCCUUCGACUGUGGGUAGUGAUAAUCAGCAACAGCAGCAGCAGAAUCAUCAGGAGCUGGAACCUCAUAUCGGAGAUGCGUGCUACGUGAACGACAGUGAAACCAAGGCCAAAGCGAUUCGGUCCAUAACGCGAGGGCUGGGUCGACUGUGGAGGCGGAAUAGCCACAGCAUCGAAAUUAGCCGUCCGGAUCCGGAGUACAAGGUGUCCUAUUUGGGGAAUGUGCUCACCGGCUGGGCCAAAGGUGAAGGUUGUGUGGAAAAGCCAUUGGCCACGCUCUGGAGGAACUACACUCAAAACAGCAAACCGGACGUGCUGAUGAAGCUGUGCUUGUGCCCUUCCGGGCUGAAAGCUACCACCAGGCAGCAUGGCCUCACGGAAUACUGGUCCCAUCGAAUAACGUACUGCACGGCGCCAAAGAACUACCCGAGGGUCUUCUGCUGGAUCUACAGGCAUGAAGGCCGCAAACUGAAGCACGAGUUCCGUUGUCACGCGGUCAUCUGUACCAAAGAAUCCGUUGCGAAGGAUAUCAGCUCUACGUUGAAGGAAAAUCUAGCCAAAGCUCUACAAGAGUUCAAACGGGACAAGCUGAACCGGCAGAAUGCUCGGCUUAGUCUGGCCAACAGCGUGUAUGACAACCCGAGCAUGCCUCGGCGGAAGAUCAUGCUGAGCGUCGGUGCCAAUAACUAUAGACCGCCACUGGAACGAUCCAAAUCCGCUCCGAAACUGAUGGCAAUCGAGGAAAUGAUUGCUGAAGAAGACGAAGAGGAAGAUGAAGCCGCGGGAAGACCUGUAAGCAAGAGCACGGGAGAAGAGAUGCGGGCAUGCUGCAAGGAAGAUUCGCUGUUCCCAUCAACCACGCUGGGUAGACGAAGAUGCCGUCGAGGUCAUUCGAUCAGGAGGACCAGACUGAGAAACUCCUUCAAAUCACCCAAAGCAGUCGAAGCCAAAGUACCUUUGAAGAACGAGAACGUCGUGCAGGAUAAUCCAAUGAAUAAGUCGGUUGAUUCUAUCUUGGAUACAAUCAAGCAGGAAGAAGAGGAAGAUCAAUUGGCUGAAACGGAAGAAUGUACGGAUGAUAGUCAAACCAUGGUAAGACCAGUUCACCACUCCGAUUCCUCUGAAGAUGACUUUGAAGCAUUCCUCUUGAACUAUAACUACAACUCCAAAGAACCUCUAACGUCGGAACUAAUCUCCUAUUUGGAUAUGAAGCUAAGUCCCAAAGUAACGGCCAGCAUGCAUGAUCUAAGUAGCAACCUGCGAGAAGGCGAAGCUGAACCCAGAAGGCGACUAGACGAAGCAAGGCUGGCGCUUAGCUUGGACGAUUUGGAUAACUACGACGAAGGCCAUGACAAUGAAGAUACCGAAGACGAUGUAUUCUUUAAUCAGAAUGAUGUGCUUGAAAUACUUCGCAGUACAACCAAAUCGUUGAACGGUUACGGUUCCGGAGAGAAAUCCAGUCUUACGGCAUGCGGUAUGAAUGGUACUACUCCUCCGUCGAUGCUUUGCGUGACGAAUAAAAUCGCUGGCAAUUCGGAUAGCGACGAAGGUUCCAUUUCCAGUGGCUGUGAAACAUCCAGUACUGUUACCACCAACACGGACGAAUCCGCUGCGGCCAUUCUCAUUAAACCAUGCUCCGUUCUGGAGCGAGUUCGAAGCUUCGAGCAACUCGCUGAACAUCCAGUCAUCCACGAGCCACUUGGUGAAAAGACUCCUCUAGGCAAACAGGACUUUGAUACAACUAUCUUCAAGCGAAGCAUUACGUUUCCUGCACCUGGUGUUAAGACGAGCUUCCUCCUUCCGCUCUCCUCAUCAAUCGUUCACGAAGAAGAACCCUUGUCGGAAACUCCGAUAGAUUCGCUCUCUCCCUCACCCACACCUUCCUCAACAAAACCCUCAACGUCUGCCAAUGGAGCCAUUCCCACGGCUCGUCGCCUCAAAUCCACGGUAGCUGCCGUCAAUACUGAACUGAUAAACCACCUCCAGGCAAUCGACUCCGAUUCGGACCUCAGCGAUGAAUCCGGUUACGUCGAGUUCCAGGAUCAUCAGCCUUCCAGAAAGUCCGUGACGGCCUGAGAUGGCUCUUCGAGGAAAUGAGCGUCGAGCUGAAUCGACGUGUCAGAUCCUCGAGCGAAUGAAUCUACGGCUAGCAAACGGGUUCGGGUGCAAAGAUCUAGUGAUUUAGCUUUAUAUCUGUUAUAACUUACUGCAUCUAGAAUUGUAAGCAGAGAGAAGCAUCACAAAAUGUUAGGUAUCAUUGUUUUCGGUCGCUCUCGAGCUGAUGAAUCUCGUGCUACAGCUUCCAGAUGGCACAUUUCAGCGAGAGCGUAACCCAUAUACCAAAUAAUUUAUUACAGUAGUCGUACAAGUGUCGAUCAUUGCAAUGAGAGAUCAAACCAGUUGGUUAAUAGUUAGAUGCGAGAACUAGAAGAAGGAAUAUAAAUUGAAUUAUCAUAGUAGGAACCAAGUGAUUAGGUGUCACGUCACAAAUGUGGGAAGGGACUAUGUUUAACUAAGGACUUUACAGGUACCUUUUUACCUAAAUCUAAUUGAUUCCAACUAAACAAUUGCAAACAAACAAUCACAAAACUUCCUCACCACAAUCACAACACCUACAAACAAAUGCAUACACACAUUCACGUACAAGUUGUCUUAUCUGAUAGAAACUAACCCAAGCAUAUGUACCAAAUCUGAUUCUAAAAUAGAGUUGUUAGGAAAACCAUACACGCACGAGAGAGAUGUCUUCAGAGUGUUGUCUACCAUAGAGAGUGACACUGAUCGAAAUUCGUAAAUGUAAUCUCGAGAACAAAUGUUAGAAGAAUCAAAACAAAUGGACUUAAAUCAGUAAACUGUGAAAUUAUACUAACAAAACGAGAUGAUUAUAAACUAGUGGUUAUUGUACCAAGAUAGGAGAGAAUAAAUAUGGAUGACUAUAUUUAUUGCGAUGCAAGCAGAUGAUAUUAUUAUAAAUGUUUCCAAAUUUAUGGCAAAAAACUGCAAAAUAAACCAUUGGAUGAAAAAUUGAAAAA